UUUUGCAUUUUUUUUUAUUUUUUUAAUUGAAUGCAUAACAUCUUAAGAAUAUUGUGUCAAAAUUUCAAGUCGAUUGGAGCAAAAUUGACGAAGUUACGAGUAUUUUUAUACAUGUUGGAUGAUAUUACCUACUCGACCCGAGCGCGCUAUUGUUACUUCGCAGACAUUUUUUUCUCUAUAUAAUACCUAAUCUUACCCCCAGAUCUAUUUAUAGUACUUAACGACUUAAGUACAAACCUCCUUAUACCUGUAUUGUAUAUUUUGUCAGUGUAGAGUAAAAAAUUUAGUGUAGGAGUAAAUAUUCUAUUUUCAUUAAGUUUUGUGUUAAAUUAUUACUAAAAUGCCUAAAAAAGUUACUAGAUCUGAUAGACAAUCAACUGGUUCGAGAUUAUAUCGACCUAGAAAAAUUGUACCUCCGCAUAAACGUAAAUACGAAGGCACUUCAACAAAUAGCGCGUCAACUAAAAAAAUAAAAGUGACUGUUGAAGAUCAAAUUACGAAGGAUCAUAAAAAAUAUUAUAGGAUAAUUGAUUUUUUAUUAGUCUUUUCAACAAUUACUACGCUAGUGAAGAGAAAUAAAUUACGUAGCUAUAUACUAUUAUCAUAGAGGAAAUUCCUCUCUACUAUUAUCUGCUAUUACUAUUACUUCACAUUCACAUUUCGUAUUACCAGUAUACGUGUAUGUUAAACAGUCAAUUGAAUUAGAUUCAUGAUAUCGCGCAGUUUUCAAACUUCCUUCAGGAUCGUGCCGCGAUUUCUGUGUAACAACGUAAUCAACAUGCCUCCAAAACAAACUCGAACUCCAAAGGAAAAUUCUAUGGGAAUUAAAGGUGAAAAAAAGAAUAAAGUAAAAUCAGAAGCAACAAAGAAAAGGUCUAAACCUAAUACAGAUGAUAACGAAGAACCUACUGCAAAGCGUUUCAAAACAGACAAAAAAUCAGUUUUGAAUAGAAUAGAUACAAAUUUAAAUGAAAUUGAUUUUGGUUGUUCAAAGUUAAAUGCAAAAGGAAACAAAUAUAAUUUAAAAAUUUCCAGUUGGAAUGUUUCUGGCAUAAGAGCAGUCAUUAAAAAAAAUGGAAUGGAAUAUAUGUUGAAAGAAGAUGCAGACAUAAUUGCAUUACAAGAGACCAAAUGUGAUAAAAAUAAGUUACCUGAAGAAGUUAAAUUAAAUGGAUAUCAUUAUUAUUUUCUUGAGAGUAAAAAACCUGGAUAUUGUGGUGUUGCAUUAUAUACAAAAGAAAAACCAAUUGAUAUAAAAUAUGGUUUAGAUAAUGUUGAAUUUGAUAGCGAAGGGAGAUUAAUUACUGCAGAAUAUUCAAAUUUCUACUUAGUUAAUGUUUAUGUUCCUAAUGCUGGUCAAAAAUUAAUAACAUUGCCAAAAAGAUUAAAAUGGAACGAAGCUUUUAAAGCUUAUGUAAAGAAUCUGGAUGAAAAGAAACCUGUUAUUAUUUGUGGUGAUAUGAAUGUUGCUCAUCAAAAAAUAGAUCUCAAAAAUCCAGACACGAAUAAAAAAAAUGCUGGAUUUACACAAGAGGAACGAAGUGGUAUGACAGAUUUCUUAGAUGCAGGAUUUGUGGAUACUUUUAGAGCUUUAUAUCCUGAUAAGGAAGGUGCAUACACAUUUUGGUCAUAUUUUGCUAAUGCACGUAGUAAAAAUAUAGGAUGGAGACUAGAUUAUUUUUUGGUGUCAGAACAAAUUAAGGAUAAUGUUUGUGACAAUGUUAUAAGGGAUAAAGUGUAUGGCAGUGAUCAUUGUCCUAUUGUACUUUACAUUAACAUAUAAUUAAAUAUGUAUAACUGAAUGCAUAUUUUAUAAUUAUAUUAUGUGUUCGAGUAAUUUACUAACUUUGUUGUAUUUAACCUAUUUAUUUCGUGUUCUAAAAAUAAAAUUUUAUUUGAAAAAUA